AUGCCUACACAAAAAGCCUAUGUAUUCAAGAUGAAUUUCAGGAACGUAUUCCUUCUUUACUUACUCAGUAUGGAAAAUCUAGUCAAAGGAAUCAUCCCGAGUAGUGGUCCGGUUCAUGCCGACUUAGGUGGUACAUCUACCCUUCAUUUGUCGGCUCCAACAGUACAUAAUCCUAUGGAGCGUGGUCCAAUAAAUGAACAGAAUACACCUCAAUACUAUGAAGGUCAUUUUGAGAAGUACGAUAAUACGUUCUUGAGGCAUAGAAAAGCAUUACAAGAUCAUACAUCUAUUCCAGAUCCAUCCAAACAGACUAUUGAGGAUGAAAAUGCAUUAUCUCGUGGUCCGAACAAUGAUGAUGAAGAACAUUCAUUGACUUAUGGUCAAGUAGCAGGAAUACCUUCUUGUGGUGGUUUCCUUUCAAAUUCUCUACAAAUCCUUAUGUGUUCUUCUAGAGUUAGCAAUCAAACCACUGUGAAGAGUUCUACACUCUGUUUCGGGAUCUAG